GACGCUGAGAAAAAAAGAAGUCGUCUAGCACCACCGCCUCUUUUCUACGUCGUAUCUUAUCUUCCUCUCCUCUCCAUCAAGCAGGAGUCGUAGCCCAAUCCGUUGGAGAUCCGCUGCUGUUGCAAAUCUACACCGUUAGCCUCCGUGAAACCCUAAUUAGAAGCAAAACAAAGGUUGUUGCUUUUCCGACAAGGCAGAUCCUUUUCUCCGUUGUCUGAUUAUAUUUUUUUUUUCCACAAACACAAACGGACAAUUCUCUAUUAAAAAAUAAGCCUAGGGGAUUUUUCAGAAUGGCGUACGUGAAAGAUGAACAAAAAAUUAAGAUUGGAGCGGCAAAGACUAAGAUGGUGUGGACACUUGGAGCAGCGUCUAGUAGAUCUGUUGUGAUGAUAGAGAAGCUUCUCGAAGCUGGUAUGAACAUAGCCCGAUUCGAUUUCUCUGAGGGGUCUCACGCACACCACCAAGAAACUAUCAUUAAUCUCAGAACCGCCAUACAGAACACUGGUAUCCUCUGCGCCGACAUGCUCGACACAAAGGGUCCUGAGAUACGAACUGGAGAAGGACAGACUAUUAAUCUCCCCACGCUUACACGGAAAGAUAAAGUUGAUAUUGUUCAAUGGGGAAUUCCGAAUAGGAUCGACAUCAUUGUUCUGUCCUCUGUUCACAAAGGGUCUGAUCUAGACCAAGUCAGGAACUUGCUUGGUAUGCACGCAAACAACAUCAUGCUUAUGUCAAAGAUUGACAAUGAAGAAGCAGCUGCUAAUGUGGAUGAGAUUAUGGAGAAAACUGAUGCAGUCUUGUUGGCUAGAGGCAGUCAGGUAAUGGAUCAGAAAAAGAUGAUCGACAAGGCUAGUGCACUCGGGAUACAUAUCGUGACAGCCGUACAGAUUCUUGGGGGCCAAACCACCGACGACGACCUCCCCAACGCUGUCCUCGAUUGCACCACCGAUUGCGUCAUGCUCCUCGACGGCGGCGACGAAGCUCACCCUGACAUAGUCUUGCAAAGAAUUUCAAGCCUCUGUAAAGAGUUAGAGAGUUCUAUCGAUUACAAAUCUGUGCAGCAAAAAAUAAGGAAAGCUCUUCCGAGACCGUUACAACCCAUCAUGGCGAGGAAAGCCGCUUACGCCUGUUGGAAGUACCCCAAAGCAAAGGCCAUCAUUAUCACUGCCAAGGCUGCGGUAAAUCUUGUGGCCAAGUGCAGGCCGAGCGUUCCUGUUCUCUUGGUUGUUUCGAUGUCGGAGUCCUUUAAAUGGUCGUCUCAUGUGGCCAGUCAUGGCUUGGUGUCCCGUGGGAUCAUUCCGCUGAUGGGGGCGGAAUCGAAAACGAUUGGGGACAUGAUUAGUUUCGGUGUCCAAGUCGCAAAGAAAGGGGGAAUCUGUAAUGCUGGAGAUUUAGUGGUGGCGCUCCGCGUCCUCAAUGGCUGUCCUGUCCUCCUGCCUCUGCAUGUUUAGUAGGCGCUUUUAGUU